AUGGGGGUAAUGGCAAAAGGUGGGAUAGGUCAGGAACAAACGGUUUGUGCUAGUUUUGCAGCUGUGGACUCUUUGGCUAAUACAUCUCAAAUUUUGGAGGGAAAUCAAAAUGGUCUAGGGUUCGGGUCAUCAGAUAUCCAAGCUACCCAUACAAUGGGUUUAUUAUGGGCCAACCAAGAUUGGGCCAAAUCUAAAUGCAAUAGCCAAAUUUUGAUGGCCCAGCCUACACUAGUAUUGGAGAAGCAAAUUAAAAGUGGGAUAAGUCUAGCUUUAGAUCAGAUGUGUAAAGAAUUGUUGGAGAGGGAAGCAGAUAAAGGAAAAGGGAUUUUAUUGGAGGAAAAUGAGAGAAAAGGAUCUUUGAAGUCUUGGAAGCGAAAGGCAAGGGCGCAAAGUGGCUCAACAUUAGAGCUACCUACAGUCAAGAAUGGUGGCAAGCGAAAGACAGCGAAAUCUUCUGCAAUGUUGGAGGAGGAAUUGCAAGUGGUUUCAAAGAAAAGGGGGUCAAUUGUCCAGGUAUUUUUGGAAGAUGGAGUUUCUCUAUCUAAUUGUUUAAUGGCAGGUUCUGGGUUCUAG